CUGUACCUACCAGUCUUAGAUUUUAGAUUAAGAAAUGUCAUUUGUCUUUUUUUUUUGUGUCAAAACUGACGUCCCCUCAUGUGUCACAUGGCUUCCUGACAGAAGUGAUGCUUGCUGCUUUACCCAGAAGUGCCUCCACAUCCUGCCCUUGCACCAUACGGCUGGUCUAGCAGCUGCACACUCAUUUUGUGAUUUGCCAGUUACUGGAUUAAUGUGUGUACGAUAGGUGUGUGUGUGUAUAUGUGAGAGAGUGUGUAUGAGUAGUCUACGAGGCUACUGAGCACAUCAACUGGUGAGUUUUAUCUUUGAGAUAACAUGGAGGACAACCAACGCAGGGUCAACUUCCAGAGACUGUCAUCUGAAGACAGCGCUAUCUCAGACGACUCGUGCGAGUACUACCAGACCGACAUCUAUGAGCACCUGCCCAGUACACUGUCCAGGUGGAAGUCCCAGUUUAGGGAUCAGGCAGAAGAUGUUGAUGAUGAUGAUGAUGAUGAUGAUUAUGAUGACUUCGAAUAUGUUUCGCAUCUGUGCAGAGACUGGAACUCCAUACAGUCACUGAAAAUGCUGCCACUGUGCAUGCAGGAAAAGAGAAAUAUCAGGGAGAGACUACACCAACAGAAGCUCAAAAUUGGCCACUGGGAAUCAUGGAGGCGGAGUCAGCGAAUUGCAUGGAGGCGAAUGGUGGAGCAGCUUAAGGGUUUUUUCUCGAGACUGUUACCAUGGAAACACACUCUUCAUAAAAUUGAAGGCAGAUUCGGUGUGGGGGUGAAGGCCUACUUUGUGUUCCUGAGGUACCUGCUGGGCCUAAACCUGCUGAACUGUGUUAUCAUCGCUUUAUCAGUGCUGCUGCCUUCACUGUACAUCAAAAAAGGAGGCCCGCACUGCAACUUAACGUCAAAGGACAAUGGUUCUGUUUUAGACGUUUUCCUGGGUUCGGGCUUUCUGGAACGUUCCCCAGUCUUCUACAGUUUCUACAAACUCAAAAACAUUGACAAACAAUGCCUGAACACGUCACUCCUCUUCUUCGCUGGCAUGGUCCUCAUCCUCCUCCUCAGUUUCCUCAUGAUAGUGCGCAGGACGGUGGUGGGCUACAAGCACACAUGGAUGACGGGAAACCAUUUUAGUAUGAAUAUGAGCUACAAGGUUUUCUGUGGAUGGGAUUUCUGCAUCCAGGACCCCCAGGCAGCCUUUCUCAAACACAGCUUCAUCAAAAACGAACUCAAGAUGGACUUGGAGGAGCAGAGAUUUCGUCUGAGGGUCUCCCAGAGGACCCUGAAGCAGAAGGUGGUCCUCUUUUUCCUGCGAUUAAUUCUCAACAUUUCUGUGCUGGCUUUACUUGGCGGCUCCUUUGCCCUGAUCUACUACGCCACUAUAAAGUCUCAGAAUAAGCUCGAUAAUGUCCACUGGACUCUGAAGCUCCUGUGGGAAUAUCUCCCUCCCAUCACUAUUACAGUAGUCAACUUUGUGCUGCCGCAGAUGUUCUGCGUGAUCGUAACGUUUGAAGACUACUCCCUCACCACCCAGCUUAAUCUCACCUUGGUUCGGAGUAUCUUUUUGAAGCUUGCGAGUUUAGGCAUCUACCUAUUCUUCCUCAUUACAUACCUCACUACAUCAAUCCAGAAUCCAGAAACUGAGUUUGGGAAGGAAAUGUACAAGCUCACUAUAUUUCACCUCCUGGCAUGUUUCUGCAAUGCUUUCUUGGUGUCCUUCCCCAGAGCAUGGAUAGUGGAUAAAUAUCCUUCCUCAAUGCUGGCAAAGAAAAUAGGCAAGCCGGAGUUUGUGAUCCCGUUAAACAUUCUGGAUCUGGUCUACAGUCAGACAGUCACUUGGGUGGGAGUUUUCUACUGCCCUCUUCUGCCAGCCAUCAGUAUUGUAAAGCUGCUGGUCAUAUUUUACAUGAAGAUGUUUACUGUGAUCCGGUGUUGCGCUCCAGCUCAGAGGAUGUUCCGGACCACCAGCUCUUCGGUCCUGUUUAACUUCAUGCUCUUGCUGGGCCUCAUCAUGUCAGCUGUUACUCUCGGGGUCAACAUCAAUAUGUUUGUGCCUGGUACAUGUGGCCCAUUUAUGGGGGACAGUUCUGUGUUUAAUGUGACCAGUGAGUGUGUGCAGACCCUGCCGAGACCUGUUCGGAACGGCAUCAGUUACAUCACUUCUGAGGCUUUUGCGUUCGCACUCAUAUUGGCUGAGGUAAUCAUCCUGACAUCCCUUGUCUCUCGUGGAGGAGCCAAUCGUAAAACCAUAGAGAGACUGAAGGAUAUGCUAGUCAUGUGUAGCUCAGAUAAGCGUUUCCUGGUGAAGCAGCAUGCCACACUCAUCAGGCGUCAGAGGAGGAUCGCCCCGAGUACGGAGUAGCUGGCCUUUCUGG